AUGAAGUGGAUCAACCUAAUCAAAUGCAGCCUUUUUGUCUCUCGUUUGGUCCCAUUCUGGAUUGAUUGCUUUCACGUUACGUCAAUUGGCCUCAUUAGCCAUCGUGAAUAAUUAAUGGCACAUAUAGUUAUAACAUUGGCCCGGGGCUUUUUUUAUCAUCUGCUGAAACAAGCUUUACUUUACAAUCUUGAGACAAUUUCGAAUUAAUUUAGUCCAGUCCUGCGAUAUAAUUCUCUCAAUGACAAUGAGAUGCCCAAGCAACUGAGGAAAAUAGUUACUUUGCACCCUAACGUAGCACCAGAUUCUAUUAGUUUAUCCUUUGAUAUACCAGUGUCAAUUCUUUUACUUGAUAGGUACACUAGCAACUUUACUGCCUAGCAUAGCACCAGAUUCUUUCACUUCAUUCUUCCAUAGGUCAAUCAUAAGUGUUCUAGUUUCCUGCAAUCAUGUAUUUUCUGAUCAACAUCUUCAAAUGCUAUUUUACUAUCUGCGAAUUGAAGUUUGUAAGGAAAAAGUGUUCCUACUCAUAUGUACGAUGUUAAUCAUGUCCACGUUGGCAAUCCUUAAUUAGAUUUGACAUUUUUUCUUUAGAGCGUAGUCGAUGUAAUAUGAAAGCAUACUGUUACUUCUUGUCUAUAACUUGGAGAAAUCUCUUUGUGAAGACAAGACAACUUAAAUGUUUCAGUAUUAUUCUAACAUCAUGUUGUACUUAGAUGGAGUUUCGAUUUACUUGAAUCCCAUCAAGAGUCUGACGUAUGGUCCAUAAAUGCCUUUAGGUUAAUCAGAACCACUUCUUUCUAAAUUUGAGGCAUAAUGUUAGUGCUAAAGAUCUUAUAACUGACUGGAAGUUAUUUUAAGUCCAGAAAAGCAUUGCGCAGAACAUCAUCUCUAUAUUUACCAUAAUAGCAUUAUUUUAGUUUUUAUUAAUUUAAUUAUUUUCUGCAACUCUUAGUUAGUGUCAAAUAUUUUAAUGUUAUUCCAAAAGUGGAAUCGUCUUUUUUCCUUUCAAUUUGCUGAUGUCCUAUAGUGACGCAAUUUCUUGCUUUGUUUAUUGUAAAAUAUUGUCGGUUUUUUUUAUAAAUGCAGGUCUAUCUAAUGAUGGAGAAAAGGCACCCAUUCCAUCUUCUGUUGGAGAGAAUGAUCUGCUGAUAGUAGGACCAGGUGUACUCGGCCGCAUUGUAGCAGAGAAAUGGAAAAAGGUAUCAAUGUAGUUUACCAAAUUCAUUCAAUUAUCUGUAAAGAAAGGUCAUAUUCAAUUUUUUUCCAACAAAGAAAAGGUUUUCUCAUGUAAAAUUUCUUCAUACAGUUUAGGUCAUGUUCCUAAAGGCCUUCCCUUGCAGGCAGAGCAUUAGAUGACUGACUUGCCUUCAUCAUUCCAAUAAAUUGAUCUGUAAUUAAGAAUGCAGGAAGUCAAAGAGAUCUCUUGUUUGUGAAUGAUGUGCGUGCUGUUAUGGUAUCAUUUUAUCCGUUUAUCUUUCUUUUGGGUAAAGUGAUUGAAGUUGAUCUAGUGUCAGAAAUGGAUUUAUACUUUGCAAUGCCAAUAUCUUGCUGAUGCUUACAUUUCAGGAUAUCCAUUAUCCUGAGCUAUUGGCCCUUGAUUUCGUUUUAUUUUAUGAUUUAAUCCACACCUCUAAACUCUGAAGCUAAUGGUGACAACACAAUGAUUAUGAUUGUUGGGCACAUAUCAAACGUGUUGACAUUUGCGUUUAAGACUUUAAGGACAAGAUGCCUAGUUUGGAAAUCUCUGAAAGAAAUUUGAUAAAAUGUUGGAAGGUUGUAAAGACAAGAUUUGGAUUUUCUAGAGAAUUAUGUGCUUUAUGCCAUCCGCAAACCACAUAUAAUGAUAGAAAGAACAAUGUCAAUGGAGGAGUUGAGCUCAUGGAGAUAGAAAUCACACGAGGGGAAAGUUCACUAGUUAUUAGAAGUCACUGUAUGCAACACUGGAUCUCAAAUUUGCAGAAUUCCAUUCCCAUGUAGAUGAUCACACUUGAGCAUGCUCACUUGUGAUCAUCUUGGUUUGUUUAUGUACAACCACAUGUCCUUCUGUGAGAGGAGUUACUGGAUGUGUUUUCAUUUCCGUUGGAACCAGGUGAUUCCACCACAUGAAGCAAGCAUACUAUGGCAUAUCCAUGAUGUAGUUGAGGAGAUUUGACAAUGUGGUUGGCAAUAGUGGAUACUCCAAGGUGAUAGAGAAAUCACAUUUGAAUGAGAAGAACAGUUGACAUUCUUGACAGCACACUUGCUUGGCAGGGAAGAUGGUCAUUAGUGCAUGUAUCAUUGGGAGAGUAUGCUAGUUGUUUUUGUAAAAAGGGGAAUAUUCCACGACGUUCAGAGAUCUGGAGUUUUGCAUCUUCUCUGCCAUCUUCGUGUAGGAUUUGGAAAUAUUUUCUAGAAGGCCUUUGGGACACAUUGGAUAUAUACUUGGCUAUCUUCCUUGUGUUUUGAAUAUUCAUUUAAUAUGUGGUAGUUCCCCCUUUCAGAAACAUUAGCUCAUAUUCUCUAGCAACCUUGGUUAUAAUUUACUUUCUUUUAUUCUACGGGGUACUCCAGCAGAUGUCUGAACUUUAACAGAGUCAGACCCCUCCGGCUUAUAACAGUAGUAUGAGACCAAAAACAUGGUCUUAUUGAGUUAAGAACUAAGACAGGUUCUGCCUAGAAGCACGGAUGACUAAUGAAGCAAAUUUGUUUAAUUCGUUUCAGAUACAUCGGAAGUUUAUCUAUAGAACACUUGAUAGUUGAUCUAAUAUUAGAAGUCAAAGUUACUCUUUUCUCCCGGUUUCAAUCAAGAAAACCUUAUAUCGUCUAAAAUUUUCUCAUGAAAGUGCCCAAAUAGAUUCCUAUGUGUGGAACACUAGAAAAAUGAGAUAACAAUGUUAAUUCAUUUGGCAGAAUAUCUCGGUUUGAGGUCGUCAAAAUGAGAGAGGCCUCUUUUGGAUGAAAGCUUUUUGGAUGCGCUGUUCUGUAUUAACCAUUAUUUCAGUCUUUUUGAAAUAAAUCCAUCUUCCCAAUUCUAUCACGUAUCUCAAACGGCGGAACCCUUUAGGAAUGCAAUUCUUCCCAGUGUUUUGAUCUUAAAGCCAUGAGAAAUGAGAGAAAACCUGGCUUUAUCAGGUUCUACGCCGGUUUAACAUUUUCAAAUUGCUAACAAUGAAAAGGAGAAAUGCAAUUGAUUUUUCUGACGAAAAUUAUGUUUACUCGGACUGGGUCAUUGACCUGAUAAACUUGAAAACAAAUCAAAAUUUGACCAUAUCAGAUUGGAAUGACUUCUCAUGCAAUCUUUGCGAUUUCCAUUUUUUUCCACUAUUCUUAUUUUCCUUUUUGUUUCACUUAGAUUCCUGUUAUUCUUAUUUUUCUUCAUUUGCACCAUUAUUCGCCGUCAUUAUUCUCCCGAUGUUUUCCAUCCCAAUAUCAAGUCCAUCUCUUGAUGUUCAUCCUAGGACUACCCUGGCUGCCAAGUCUUUGGACAGACACUGACCACCGAUCAUCAUGAUGAACUGCGAGAACUUGGAGUCCAACCACUAUCAAGUGGUUCCAGCAUCAGCAAAUUUCCUUUCGUAAUCUUUUGUGCUCCUCCUUCGAAAAGUCUAGACUAUACUGCUGAUGUCAGGUACUGAUCAUGCUAUCCAUUUGUGGAUGUUUAAUGAUUUGCUCCUUCAUUGUGCUUUUAAAGACCCCCAAAGAAAAAUACAUCUUUGACGAUCUUGGUGUGUAUUUUUCUCCUUCUUACACCUAAUAUAUGUAGAUCAGCUGCAUCGAAUUGGAGUGGAGAAGGUUCGUUUCUAUUUACUUCCAGCACGGCUGCUUAUGAUUGCAACGACAAUGGACCAUGCAACGAGGUCUAACAUCUGUUUCACAUUGUUCAUAUGGUUUAUGGCGCUACUUUCUUGUUUAGAUGCCGGUAAUCUUGAUCGGGUUGGUUUUAAUUUCAUCAAAGUUGAUGACCCCACGGAUCCAAUCAGUAAUGAAAAUAAAAUACGAUGAAGCAGCCCACUAAACUUCUGAUUUGUAAGAUUCCUAGCCAUUUUGACACCUGUUUAUGACAAGAUGAAGAAUCUAUGUUGAUGCAACCUCACCACCUCCACAUGUUCAUAAAUGGACUUAGAACUUCCCAAAUGUUUCUCUCUCUAGAGGCCCCUUGUGCUUAUAUGUUCAUCCUCCUGAUGUUCCUAAAUGUCUUUCAGAACUGCCUUUUUUAAAAUUCUCUCACCCUUUGGAAACUCUUCUCGUUCUUCUCUCUCUAAAGCUCCUUCUGGCUUGCAUGAUCAACCAUCAAGACAGAAUCUAAAUUCAUCCAACCUCUCCUCCUCCUCCUCCUCAUGUUCAUAAAAUGGAUGUCAGAGCUGCACGAGAAUUUUCUCCAUCUGUAGGUCCCUUGGGCUUGCAUGUUCGUAAGCUGAUGUCAGAACUGCCCAUAAUUUUCUCUCUCUAGAGGUCCCUCAAGACUGCGUGGCCGCCAACCACAAGCUUAGAUCUCUCUUCGGCUAGAAAAUAAAGAGUAGUAAUAUCUAUGACAUCAUCUUAGGCUCUCGGAGAGAAAUUACUGGUUUCCGUUCAUCGGAUGGCUUCAGCUUCAGCAACCUUUUUGUUAUAUAUUCUGUGCAGGACUCUCCAAUAGUCCCCAUCGGGAGAAAUCGUCGAACGGAUGUCAUCCUCAAUGCAGAAAAUGCGGUGUUGGAGGCCAGCGGCUGUGUUCUACGGCUAGCAGGGCUCUAUAUAUCCCAUCUUUAAUGCUUCUUUGACCUGCAGACGAAGCAUCAUAUUUUCUACCAAAAUACUGCGUCAUAAAUGCUGAAUAUUCCCUUUUUCCCAUAAUAAUGUAGCAUUUAUUGAUACAUCAUUAUUCGAUUAUUUUCCCAAAUAGUUCUUUAUUUCCUUAACUGGUUAUACAAGUCUGACAGGGGUGCCCACGUGUACUGGCUGGGGAAGGGCAGUGACGAAAACCGCCCGGAUCAUAUACUCAAUCUUAUCCACUACGAGGUGACUUCCUCUGUCUCUGCUUAGUCAGAUUUUUUACUGCCACCUUCAGUCGUAUAAAAUAGAGCAAAAAAUUGUUGGAAUAAUUUUGCCGAAUUUAUAUUAUUGUUACGUGGGAAAUAAUGUGUGGUGGUGAAGAUUCUCUAUGAUUCAUCUGACUGAUCUAGCAACCCAAAUAUUCUCUCUUAUAAUAAUAUUUUAAUCAGGCAUUAGCGAAGAUUCAUUGUAAAAUAAUUAUAAUGUCGUUGUCUAUUUUGAUUGGCUUCAAUUUUUUUCUUGCAUCCCCUUUGAUUGCGAUCUUCAAGAAGCUAGGAUGUAGGAGGAUGCUGGUCAUUUAUCAGAUUAAUUUAUUAAACUAAGUUGGGUUUUAUUUAAUACGAGUUUUUAUCGAGCUUAAUUGGAGAUUCAUCAUAAUAGUUAUAAUGUCAUGAUCUAUCUCGAUUUCUUCUUCUUCUUCUUCUUCUUCUUCUUCUUCUUUUAAUCCAACCCUUAAGAAGAGUAGAUUGCUGAUUAUUUAUCAGAUUAUGCUCGUAAAUUAAAAAAGAGCUUUAUUUUAUAAAUUUUGUAUAUGUUUGGUGUAGUUUCAUUGUAAUGAUAUUUUUUUAUCGGAUUGCCUAUUUUAUUUAUUUAUUUUAUUGAUUUGUUGGUGAGGCCCUAGAAUGCCAACGUCUGUUUGCAUUGAUCCUUAAGACGGGAUGUUGGAGAUAAUUCAUAACCCAAAUGAUGUUGCUUUUAUUUUAUAAAAAAAAUUCUCGAGUUGCAGGGUGAUAUAAAACUUUUUGUAAAGAAAAAGGGGCCCAUUUGGAUUUUAUCUGAUGGUUAUUACUUUCUUGCUUGCUGCUCGGAACCCAGGAUGCUGCAUCCCUCUCAAUCGCCAUCUUGAAGAAGCAACUCAGGGGUCGAAUCUUCAUGGGCUGCGACAACCAUCCCCUGUCCAGGUCUGGUCCUCUCUCUCUCUCUCUCUCUCUCUCUCUCUCUAUCUAUCUAUCUAUCUAUCUUUCAAUCUCUCAUGGGUAGAAAUAAAUAAUCAACCGAACCCACUGAGCCACUCUCUUUCUCCCUCUAUUUCGCUCUCUCUCUCUCUAAUUAUCUAUCUCUAUCUCAUAAAUGCCGCGGGAUGCUCUUCCUUGCAGGCAGGAAAUAAUGGAUUACGUGAACAAAAGUGGGAAGUUCGACAGGGUCUUUGAUAAGUUUACCGGUGAGAUCAUAUGGAUGACUAGCCUCCCUCUCUCUCUCUCUCUCUCUCUCUCUUUCUCUGUGGGAAUAUGAGCCACGUUUUCGCUGCGUUUGUAGGGACGGAGGGCCCCUUGGGGAAGAGACUGGACAACUCGAAGACCCGGGCGGAGAUCGGGUGGGAGCCCAAGUACAGCAGCUUCCCUUUCUUCCUCGACCACCUAACCACCACCCGCGACGAUCACUAG